AUGUCUGACAGCGGUGGACCUCCCCAGCGCAAGCGAUUGGUGCUGAAGCCUCGGGAUGAGGCCGCCGCAGCGAAGAUGGCGAGCGAGCGCGCCGCUGCUCAGGCGGGUAUCUUCGGCGGCGCGAAGCCGCGCGAGGCCGUGAUUGCCGCGAAGACGGGCAAGGACGAGCAGGAGAUCCUGAGGGAGGAGGCCACCAAGGAGAAGCUGCACCUGCGCCUCACGCGCGAGCAGGCGAUGCAGAAGGAGGAGUUCGAGGGCAUCAUCGAGGUCCUGCGCGCGGAGCUGGACCAGGCGGAGACCGAGGCGGAGCGGUCGGACCUCGCGCGCCGCAUUGCUGAGAAGGAGCAGGGCCUCAACGAGCUCGUCAGGACGUUCGAGGCGGCCAUGGUCGAGGACGCGCGCGCGGGCCGCUACAAGACGGUCGUGCGGCGGCAGGAGGACGAGGAGGCCGGCACGGGCCGCCCCGCCGGGGGCGACUUCGGGAGGAAUGGCUGGGGCGGCGGCGCGGGCGGGGCGGGGCGGCGCGGCGGCGGCACCUGGGGGCGCGGGGCGCGCGACGACCGCGGCGGGGGCUCGUUCGAGGACGCGGCCUUCGGGGACCGCGGGGGCGGCGGCGGGCGGUACGGCCGCGGCGGGGGGUCGUCGGGGGCGCAGUACCAGGCGCGCACGGGGUCCUUUGAGAAGGACUUUGCCGACUCGCUGGCGGUCGACACGGAGGGGGGCUUCGGCGGCGGGCGGCGGGAGGGCGGCUUCACCGACCGCCCGGCGGGGGGGUUCGAGGGGGGCGAGGGGGGCCGCGGGUACGGCGAGGCGGGGCGCGGGCGCGGGCGGGGCCGCGGACGUGGGCGCGGGCGCGGGCGUGGCCGCGGGCUCUCGACCUACGGGGGGUACAUGGAGGACCUCGACGACGACGGCGACUUCGACUAUGUCUCGCCCUAUGCCGCGCCCCCCGCGGGCCCGCUGUUCUAG